AUGAUACCAAGUUUUCAAUGGGAAAUAGUUAAAGACGAGUCUUAUCCAAAAGGCUUAGAAGAAAUAAUUCUUCCGAUUGCUUUUGAACCAUUUCUAUCUGAAUUUUUACGAAACAUUGAUUUUGCAUAUGCUGGAGAUAAAGAUAGAUCCCAGUUCUACAUAAGCUUUCAAUCUUUAUUUAAAAAGAGUUUAUUUCGUAUUGCUCAUGAAGUUAUUAAUAGCCAUCAUUUUGGAUAUGUUUUACCACAUAGAUCUCAAUUUAAAGAAAUAUUAAAUGAUUUUAUUGUUGAAAUUAAAGAAACUGGUUUACUUCAGAAGUGGGAUACAGAUGCAGUUUAUCAAGCCAAGGCAAAAGGUUUUGAAUCAGAAUUGUAUAAAGAUUAUGUUCAUGAAGAAGUUCAUGGUCCAUUGGAAUUACAUCAGUUGCAGUUUUUAUGGAAUUUUUUAUUGAUCGGAUUGGCAGUUUCAACAGUUGUAUUUUUAUUUGAAUUAGUUUUUUGGGAAGUCCUCAAAUACAAAUUGACAAAUGCUCAACGAGUUUUAUUACAGUCAUUAUAUCUUGGAGAUGCAUCGAAUUUUAAUACAUCAAGGGAAGAUUGUGUGUGGAAACGUGGAAAUGAUUUGUAUGACAAGUGUCCUGAUCCAGAUAUUAAUCUUUAUUUGUAUACGAAACUGAAUGGAACAAGGCGCCAAUUAGACAUUAAAGAAGGCGAUUGGUUACGGAAUAAUGAAUGGGAUCCCCAGAAGGAGAAUAUCAUAUUAAUUCAUGGCUAUGCUGGAGGGGAUAACACGCUUCCCAUGUCAGUUCUUCGCGAUGCCUACCUUCGUCAUGGAAGUUACAAUCUAUUUGUUGCGGAUUGGGGUGCAUUAGCACUGCCACCAUGCUAUGUGGCUGCAGUGCAUAAUUUAAAGACUGUCGCUAGGUGUUUGGCUGAGAGUUUCACUUUCUUGCGAAAUUCUGGAAUGAAAGUGGAUAGGACGACUUGCGUUGGCCAUUCACUGGGAGCGCACAUUUGUGGUUUAAUGGCCAAUUAUUUGAACUUUAGAGUAGAACGAAUUAUUGGACUUGAUCCAGCUCGUCCCCUUAUCAAACCUGGAAAUUCGAAUCGUCUUGAUAGUGGCGAUGCUAAAGCUGUUCAUGUUAUUCAUACAAAUGCUGGUUUCUAUGGAGAAACUGGUAAAGUUGGACAUGUGGAUUUUUGUGUUAAUGGUGGGAAACGUCAGCCAUAUUGCGGUGGUACAUCAAAUGCCAAUCUUUGUAGUCACAUUUGGUCGAUAUGCUAUUUAGCUCAAAGUAUUUACACCAAUCAGGAACCACAUGCAGAACCAUGCUCUAGACGCUGUCCAUCCGGCUUGAGAAGGAUAUCAAGGAGUCAAGCUCAAUAUAAUGUGCGAAAUGCUAUUCCUAUGGGAAUGCAUACACCAAUGAGUGCUUUUGGAUCAUACUGUUUGAAAGAUAAUACAACACCAUUUUGUCCAGCUACAGAAGAUGAAGUCGGUGAUCCAAGAUGCUGUCUAGCUGAAGCUGCUGAAGAAGUUACUGAUAAUAAUUUACGUUUGUUUAGAAGAUUAGUUUAAGAAUUUUUGAAAAAAACAUAAGACUUGAUAAUAUUAAGAAAAUUUAAUAAACAAAUUAGAAAUUAAUAGAAAAUAAGUUAAGACGAUGGUUAUUGAAUAAAUGUAGAGUAUAUAAAAGUGUU